GUUUACGUACCCUGGGUGGUAUGUCUACAAACUGAAGGGAUUUUUGCAGAGGAGGAGGAGGAGGAGGGGUGAGGAAGAGCCUGGUUUGCUGCAAAUGCCAGCGAGAGCGAGGAGGCGUCUCAGAUGGGGCGCUUGUUUAUCAGGGAAGGCCAGCCAGCGCGCGUCGUCCCCAGGCUCUCCGCCGUUUUGCUUCUCGGCGUAUUCUUUCCUUAGGUGAUCGCGCGAGGGGCGAGGAGCCCGGAGGAGGAGCCGCCGCCGCCGCCGCCGCCGCCGCCUUCAGGACCCAGCCUCUCCAGCGGCCUGAGCUGUGCGCGGCUGCUUAGCUGGGGCAGGAGGACUCCAUGGCUUCUCCAUCGCCUCGGCUCUUGCAGUGCAGCGUCAAGCUGCUUUUCCUCAGCGAGGAUCAGCUCCUGGAGGGGCUGCAUCCCUCCAUCCCCAGUCAGAAGGCUUUCCAGCUGGAGGUGCAGCCGCGGGAGGAGGACGCCGAUGUGACGGUGACAGACGCUGAUGGAGUCUGCGUGUUUAAAUGUUCGGUUAACAGAGAUACUGAAUACUGCCGUGUGGGGAAAGAGUCUGUUUUGAUAACGCUUGGGUACACCAGUGCCUUACUCCAGUUCAGGUCACAUUCUGAAUAUAGCAUAUUUUCAAAUGCACUCAAGAACUUCAGAAAACAGAAGAAGGAGCACUCUGUGUUCAAUCAGAGAACCGAAGAAGCCUCUGCAGCUCAAUAUUUUCAGGUAGCGGUCCAUUGCAUCACAAUCCUAUCAGAGUUUUAUGGCUGCCUGUCUCAACAACAGAAUAUGAUGCAGGAUUUUGUAAGGACGGCCACGUAUCACAGAGCAAUACUACAGAACCAUAUAGAUUUUAAAGAUAAGGUGGUCUUAGACGUUGGCUGUGGAUCAGGAAUCCUUUCAUUUUUUGCUGUGCAAGCUGGAGCUAGAAAAGUCUACGCUGUCGAAGCUAGCUCUGUGGCAAAAUAUGCCGAGAUAUUAGCACGAAGUAACAAUCUCGGUGAUAAAAUCAACGUUUUGACAGGGAAAAUUGAGGAAAUCUCUCUUCCUGAGAAUGUAGAUGUUAUCAUUUCUGAACCAAUGGGUUAUAUGCUGUUCAAUGAAAGGAUGCUGGAAAGUUACCUUCACUCCAAGAAAUGGUUGAAGUCAAAUGGAAUGAUGUUUCCAACAUUUAGUGACAUUCAUUUGGCUCCUUUUUCCGAUGAACAGCUCUACAUGGAACACUACUCCAGAGCCAAUUUUUGGUAUCAGCAGUGUUUUUAUGGAGUCAAUCUGUCCAGCCUCCGCAAUGCAGCUGUGGAUGAAUACUUCAGACAGCCUAUUGUAGACACAUUUGACAUUAGAAUUCUGAUGGCCCGGACAGUGAAAUAUACUGUCAACUUUACAGAAACAGAAGAAAAAGAUUUGCACAGAGUGGAAAUCCCCUUUGUUUUUCAAAUGAUGCAGUCUGGGCUAAUCCAUGGCUUGGCAUUCUGGUUCGAUGUGGCAUUUGUCGGCUCACUGGUAACAGUUUGGCUAUCAACUGCUCCAACAGAACCUCUGACUCAUUGGUAUCAAGUACGCUGCCUUCUUCAAACACCUCUCUUUGCCAAAGAAGGAGAAACUCUGUCAGGGAAAGUCAUAUUUGUAGCAAAUAAGCGGCAGAGUUAUGACAUCCAGAUUGUUGCUGUAGUGGAUGAGACUGGGUUUAAGUCAGGCAACGUCCUUGAUUUAAAGAAUCCAUUUUUUAGGUAUGCUUAGAUUAUACUUGAAUAUUCCUGCUGGGGAAAAAACCGAGGAUUUGCAAGCAACCCAAGAAGCCUCUGAAGUUGAAAGUGUGAAAACUGAACAUGCUGCUUCUUGUGUGAACGCUCUGUACAUAUCUGAAAGGAAAUAUUUUAUGCAAACUGUAUAAUAAGAAGAUGUUUGUGGAGUUCAACCUUUUCGAACUAGCAGGCACAUCUUAAACUUGUCUAUUAGCUCGGUAUUUUCUCCUGUAUUCAACGGUACUUACCUGGUAAUACAUUUACUCUGAAAUCUCUUCUGAGAUCACAGGGACUGAGUAAAUGUGUAUAGGAAUGGUGUGCUGCAACCCCACAUUUUCAAGUUUGACUUAUUUUGUUUCUUUGAUCCAGUUGCUCAAAAUUGUGCCAUGGUCUGACUCUGGACCCUAUUACUACUCAUUUUUGAAAAAAAUAAUUUUAUUACAAACUGAUUUGGGAGCUUGCUGAGCAAAUAUAAAGCAAUGUGGGGAUUGUGGCCUCAAACCAGCAUUCCCAGACUCUGAUGCCCUUCUCCUGUAUCAUCAGGGCAAUGGCUGAUCAAAGUCAUAUUAGGGGGGGGGGGGGGGCGUUGUUUGACUUCAAAGGCUCUUAGCUUUUUCUUCCCCUGAGGAAUAUUCUUAACAAAGCCUACCUCAUGCUUCUGUACAUAUAUAGGAUGUAAUAUGAACUAUGCUCAUAUUCUGUUUCAGUAUUUUUCAAGAUGUAUUUAAAUACUUGCAGCUUAUCCUCAGCUGACCAGUAUUAAAAAGUUACCAUCUCACAGUGUGAGGACACCAAGCCCUGGCAAAUGCUCCUCAUCUAGGUUAUUUAAUGGAUGAAUGAACCUGGAUUGUGCACAUCAGUUGAUAGCCUUGUCUUCAUAAACCCAAUUAAUAGAAUCAUUUCUCUAUAUCCAUAUUUCAUAUAUCCUGUAGAUAAUACAACAGCAACUGUAUAUUACUCUUUACAAUAAAAUUUACAUAUAAAAUGCAA